AUGGCAACCAACUUCUCACGUCUGCCACCUUUACCGUCGUUGAAAAAUUUCUUAUAUACGUAUCAGUUGAAAGCGAAAAAGAUCCUCUCGCAAAAUUACUUGAUGGAUAUGAAUUUAACACGAAAAAUAGUAAGACAAUCAAACGUGAAAGAGAACGAUUAUAUAGUAGAGAUUGGACCAGGUCCAGGAUCAAUCACUCGUGCUAUUCUGGAAACUGACUGCAAACGAUUGGAUGUGAUAGAAAUUGAUCAUCGUUUCAUUCCGCCACUUGAGGUUUUGCAAGAAGCAAGCGAAGGACGUAUGUUCAUUCAUCGAGCUGAUGCUUUGAAAAUGGAUAUUGGACAAAUAUGGUCACAAAAUAAGUUGCCAAAACUACAUAUCAUUGCUUCUCCACUGAUAAUAAAGUGCGUUUGUGACGACUUAAUUAUAUUAUUUUCUUUGUUUGUACCGAAUAAUGCUUUUUGGCAAUGCAGAUUUCUUCGAGAAAUGCUCUAUCGUCGAGGACCAUGGUCAUUUGGUCGUGUUCCACUCUUGUUAACUUUUCAGAUGGAAGUAGCAGAAAGACUUUGUGCAACAAUCGCUUCUCCAAGUCGAGCAAGGAUUUCUAUUAUGUCUACCUUUGUAACUGAACCCAAAUUGCUUUUCCGAAUACCAGGACGAUGUUUUGUUCCGCCGCCUAAGGUUGAUGUAGGUGUGGUACGAUUUGUUCCCAGACAGGAUCCACUGAUUAAAACAUCUUUUGAAGUGGUAGAAAAAGUUUGCAGACGUGUUUUUAAUUAUCGACAGAAAUAUGUAAUUAAAGGUAUACGGAGUUUAUACCCUAAAGAACUAGCUAAAUCUAUGGCUGAUGAUUUGCUGGCACGCUGUCGUAUUGAUCCUACAACUACUGCUAUAUGUCUGGGAGUGGAGGAGUUUGCUGAUAUCUGCUAUGUAUAUGAAGAGCACUGCCGAAGGCAUCCAGGUAUUUUUGCAUAUGAACAUUCUAAUCAGGGUCGUACUUUGGAACAACUCGCAUUGCUACCAAGCGCUAUACCACCACCAAAUCCUUUUAAUAAAGAAUUUCCUAUAGAAGGCGUAAAAUUAUCGGAUGCUAAUGCACUACUCCCUGAAUACUGA